UGCACGGUGAGAACAUUAUUAUUACUCGGAAAGUCUCGCACAGCCACCACACAUUCCUUCGUAUAGUUAGAAGCAGCAGAAGCAGCAGUAGCAGCACAAGAAAAAAAAGUCUCUCACCAUUGUGUGUCUUUCGGCUAAGAUAGCUUCAAUGUCCAAAAAAGAUAAAUAUUUUUCUUCAUAAUUUUGUGCUGCGUUAGGGGCGCACAAAUAUCGCAGAAAUAAGAGAAAAAGGUGAUGUCUCGUGAGCUAUUGCCGUUUUCGAGGGCAUGAAAGCGGAUUGUGUGAUUUAGAUUUUUUGUUUCUGGUUGUGGGUUGAGUUCAUUCGGAAGUGGGCAGUGAUAUCGAGCGGAAAGAUGUCAAUAGAUUUGCAGAAAAAUCGAGACUCCAUCGUGAGCGCCUGGAAGUCGGUGGUGGACACGAAAAGUUCCACCAACUGGGCCCUGUUCACGUACGAGGGGCAAACUAAUGUGCUCAAAGUGCAGGAAACGGGCGAGGAUGGGAUCGCCGAACUGGCGGCCGAGCUCAACUCGGGCAAAUUGCAAUACGGGUUCGUACGGGUAGAUAACAGGGAGACUGGAAUUGCGAAAUUCGUGUUCAUAAACUGGCAGGGCGAAGGAGCACCGACUGCCCGCAAGGGAACCUGUGCCAAGCACGUCCGGGAUGUGACCAAUCUGCUGAAGGGUGCGCACAUUACCGUGCAUGCCACCACCGAGGACGAUGUGGAGGAGGCACGCAUUUUGGAAAAGUUACAGAAAGUGGUCGUCAACGAUUUCAAGGUCAAAGAUUACUCACAGGCCAACGGCCUCCCACGUGUCUCUACACUAACAAAAAUGUGGAAUUCGGUGGGAUCUGACGCGAUCAAGCCCGUUGGCACCAACUAUAGUCGGGUCAUUCCAACCAAGGAGAUCAACCCGGCGGAGAGGGAUGAAUUCUGGCGAAAGGAAGAAGAAGAGGAAAAACAUCGUCUCCAGCUAGAGUACGAGCGGAAGCUGAGCGAAACGGUCAAGCUGGAAGAGGAACGUCGCCGUCGCGAGGAGCGGGAGUUUGAGAAGCGUGAAGCGGCACUGGGUACGCCAGCAAGCCCGGACAACGGCUACACGCGACAGACAUCGGAAAGUUCGAAAUCCGAACGGGACCGCGAGAUCAAACAGGUGGUCGAGGCAAGCGGCAAGGUCAGUUCGGCCAAGGCACGCUUCCUGAACAGCACCGCCCAGCUGAGUCCUUCGCACAUCCAGCAGCAGGUGGCUCCGGAGCUGAUCCUGUCGCCGGAUCCUUUAAGUGAGGAAAAGAGUCUGAUUGCCGAACUGAAGGCGGAAAUGGAGGCCGAAGAGAGAGAACGGAACGGGCUGCAAAGUGGUGCGGUUGAAGCUGUGGUGGAAGCUGGGGCGCAGGAAUAUUUCGAUCCGAACGCCACCAUUGACUUGACAGACGAGGACAACAUGAUCCGGGCGAGGGCGCUGUACGAUUAUCAGGCCGCGGACGAGUCGGAAAUUAGUUUCGACCCGGGAGAUGUCAUCACACACAUUGACCAGAUCGACGAAGGCUGGUGGCAAGGGCUGGCACCGGACGGAACAUACGGACUAUUUCCGGCAAAUUAUGUCGAAUUGAUCUAAGUGCAAAGAGAAUUCACGGAUUUGAGCUUUUUCGAACAAGUAAAACACAAACAUCACAUCCCCCCAUCCUCAUACCAGAGCGUCGUUAAAUGUUCUAGAUAGGGCAGCGUUUCACCAUUAGUUGUGUUUUCCGAUUAAUUGUCAGUUAUGAAAACCCCGCGCGCGCAAACCAGAGUUGUAUUAUUACAUUAUAUAAAUCCUGUUUUUUCUUAGAGAAAACUAUUACCCACAUCACACAGCGAGCAGCUCCGAAUUGGAAAGCGAGUGCAGCAAGAAAUAUUAUGAAAAUACUACUACGCGAUAAUUUAUCAUGAAAUCUUAAUGUUUCACACAAAAAAAUCACAUGUUCAUCAAUUGUUACUAGAUUGUCAGACAAAAAAGAUUCUACCUUUUAAGGUUUAAUAAAGUAACACCCGUUCUUCUCUUCUUCGUCAAUCCACAAGAAGUAGCAACUC